AUGUCUGCUGAAACGAUCACCACCUCACCCUCCCUUGAUCUGUCGUCUCCUUACCACCUCCACCACUCAGACAACCCCGGCACCGUCCUUGUUUCUACACCUCUUAAUGGUGACAAUUACCCAACUUGGCGUCGCGCCAUGCGCAUGGCCCUAUUCGCCAAAAAUAAGAUGAUGUUUGUCGACGGCACCCUUCCCCGUCCUACGUCUCCACCCUCUGCGAUUCAAGUUUGGGAUCGCUACAACUUCAUGGUGCUCUCUUGGAUCUUAAACGUCCUUCAUCACACCAUUGCCGAUAGCGUUAUCUACUCUGAAACCGCUUCCUCAGUAUGGCAGGACCUUGAGGAACGUUUUUCCAGGAGCAAUGCGCCUCGAGUCUUUCAUCUGAAGCGUUCUAUUGCUACUGUUCAACAAGGGACCGAUUCCCUAUCUGCUUACUUCACCCGGCUGAAGAUUCUCUGGGACGAGCUUGCCUCAUACAUCGUCAUUCCCACCUGCUCAUGUGGUGCUCCUUUCAAUUUUAGUACGGUUAACCAACAAGAGAAGGUGUAUCAAUUUUAA